GAAUUAGCCCCCCCCCCUUCUCCUUGCUUGUUUCUGGGGUGGGGGAGGGCUUUUCUCCCUUCGCGCGCGCCCCUUCUUUCGGAUCGUGGACUCUGGAGGAAUUUCUGCUGCUGUUCUUUUCCUUCCUGUCCCGAAGCGUGGAAAGGGGGGAACUCGCUGAGGGGAGGAGGCGGAGUGGAAAGGGAAGGAGAAGGAGACGACGGGCAGCGGGAGCUGUUGCUGCUGCAGCGGGAAAUGUGGGGCUCUUGGUGCGGCAGAAGAACACCGCCGCGGAGCUGGGCUGCAGCUGAGACACUCUCCUAGGCGCCGCCGAGCAAAGGAAGAGAGCCCGGAGGAGCUGGGAUUGCCGCCGCCAGACUAGAGAGGAAUCGAUUCCAACUCCCGAGCAAACAAGACCUUUUCGUUUCCGAGGAGAAAAAGGAGGGGGGAGGAAAGCUGCUGCUUUUGGGCCCCCGAGGACCGAGGCCGUUCUGGUGGAAGGGUGUGGAGUGGGGGGCAGCUCCGGGGUUUAACAAUGGUGAGGUUUCUGGUGAGCUCCUGCUGCGCCCUGGCUGCGUCGGUGCUGCUCCAGCUCCAGCUCGGAUCACGGUGAGGAAAAAAUGAGCGAAGAGACGGCGAAUUCUAACAACGAUAAUAGUUAUGCCCGUGUGCGAGCUGUGGUGAUGACCCGUGAUGAUUCAAGUGGUGGAUGGUUACCACUUGGAGGGGGUGGACUAAGCUGUGUCACCGUUUUCAAAGUCAUCCACCAGGAAGAAAAUGGCUGUGCUGAUUUUCUUGUACAUGGGGAGCGCCUCAGGGAUAAAACGGUGGUUUUGGAAUGCACGUUGAAGAAGGACCUUAUUUACAAUAAGGUUACGCCAACUUUUCACCACUGGAAGAUUGAUGACAAAAAAUUUGGCCUCACAUUUCAGAGUCCUGCUGAUGCAAGAGCAUUUGAUAGAGGCAUUCGUAGGGCAGUAGAAGAUAUCACUCAAGGUUGUUUUACCUCACAUGAUGAAAUUGAAGUGCCUGCAGAUGGCUUUCCAGCAAUUCCAGAAAACACAUCUAGUUUGCUAUUGAAAGAUCAUCUUUUCCAACAUGAACCUAUAGUGAGCAAUGAUCCUUACAAGGGUUCAUGUAUAAGAUCCUCAGCCUUUGAAGAUUUGAACUCAAGAACAUCCUACUUCCACAGCCAGCCAAAUCAGGUACCGCUGAAGCCAAUCAGGAACGUCAGUUUUCAGGACGAAGAAGAAAUUGUCCGAAUAAAUCCUCGUGAUAUUUUAAUACGCCGCUAUGCAGACUAUAGGCACCCUGACAUGUGGAAAAAUGACUUGGACAGGGAGGAUGCAGACUCUUCACUGCAGUGCCCUAAAACAGACCAUAAGAAAUCAGACUAUAUGUACCCAUCUGGAGAUGGGACUAAGUUGAAUUCACUCAAAGACUCCAAGAGUUCUGUGGUACUUAAAACUCAACCUUCUUCUUUCAAGUUAAAAAAAACAAAAAGGAGGAAAGAGGAUGGCGAGCGUUCCCGCUGUGUAUACUGCCAGGAAAGGUUUAAUCAUGAAGAGAAUGGUCGAGGCAAAUGUCAGGAUGCUCCAGACCCUAUUAAGAGAUGCAUAUACCAAGUUAGUUGCAUGCUUUGUGCUGAGAGCAUGCUCUAUCACUGCAUGUCAGACUCUGAAGGGGAUUUCUCUGACCCUUGUUCAUGUGACACAAGUGAUGACAAAUUCUGCUUACGAUGGCUCGCACUUGUUGCUUUAUCAUUCAUUGCACCAUGUAUGUGCUGCUAUCUCCCCUUGAGAGCAUGCCACCACUGUGGCGAGGUCUGUGGAUGUUGUGGAGGAAAGCAUAAAGCUGCAGGAUGAAUCAGUCUCAAGCCAAAUUGGGCUGACCAGUCUCUAUUUUCAGGAUACAUCUAACUCAUGGAGGCAAGUGGCAAGUAGAAGGGAAAACCAAUCAUGGAUGAAAGGCCUGUUGUGGAAGAAGCAGCAGGACUUGUUGCAACUUAAGAAUGCUGGCCGUGCCUAAUGAUUUGAUUUUAAGCGCAUGGUGCAAGGUGUGAAGGAGUUCUUGCAAAAGGAACUUCUUUUUCUUACAAUUGGUGGCUGAAAUAAGUAUGAACUGCAGUCAGUACUAUAAGGGAUCAACUUCUGCAAUGUGUACAUUUUGUGGUUUAGAUGACUGAGGGUAGGUGGGCUUUCUGAAAUAAACUAUGACAGAAAAUUCAACUAAACUUGUACUAGUAACAGCUGAUUUAAAAUUAAGGAAAGUUAAUAUGGUGACUGCAAGAAACUAAAAUUGAUUUUAAGUGCAACUAAAUUGCUUAUAAAUAGUUUUUGGAAGUAACUUUAUGUAAAAAUAACAAAUGUUUAUAUUUAACUAAAUAUAUGGUACGAAUUAUUAAACCUUUCCCCCCUUUCCAAUUGCAAAGCAGUUAUGGGCUGUAAUUCCAGUCACAUUCCGUGAUAGUAUUUCUCAAUAUUUAUCUAGUUAGUAGUGUUUCUACUCAAGAUGGACAAAUCAGUAUUUUCAGUCUUGUUUCCCCUUCAACUACAUUUUUGUAUUGAGUUCCCUCUGUACAUUCUGAUAAUCAGAAAGCCUUUAAAAAUGAAUUAAUAUAGUCUUGAGUGACCAAUGUUUUGUUAAGCACAGGUAUAAUUGUCUAAUGCUCUUAUGAGAACAUAACAUUUAUUUUUUAUAUAUAAAUGAUUCUGUAAUGGCAAAGGAUUUUUUUUCCUUCUUAACCAACACAUUUUCUUUUAGGGUUUCUUCCCAAAAUUGUUUUUGAUGGCAAAUGUUUGGGGAAGGAAAUAAAUAUACAAUAAUUGUCAUAAAGAGUAUAUUUACCAUUUUGUUAAACUUGCUGCCAGUUUUUUCAUCAAACUACAAAGGGAACAAAAGUGUUUCCAUUAAUUUUAGUCUCAUUAUGUUUUGCGUAGCAAAAAAAAAUUCUACAGGACAAACUGUAGCACAGGAAGGGAAAAAUGAGUGGAUAUCUUGUGAAUGAAAGAGGGGUUUACUUUGUUAUUAAGUUGUUGUAGCAUAUUAAUAAUGAAUGUUUAACUUAACAGUUGGCUAUCUUGGAGAAUUCUUGGGGAAUUCUUAAAUGUCAUCUAUCAUAUAGUAUAACAGCAUAGCUGAACAUAGUUUUUUUAAUUAAUAAAACUCUAAAGCAGUGAAGCAGUCAUUCAUUUUAGAAGGUAAUGGGUGGGGGGAGGAAGAAUGAAAAUUGUCCUCAAUAUGUUCUUCUUAUUAAAAACUAUUAUAUAGUUAAUCUCACACUACUUUUUAUUUCUAUGCAUUUUUAGCAAAGUAUAUGUGUAUUUGAUUUUUUCCUUAAUACAUGUUCACUCAUAGAAUUCCACCUGUACUUCCUUUUCUCAAGCCCAGAUCAAAUGAUGAACAGCUGUAUAUAACACUAUCUGUAAAAUACUUUUUUAAAGAAAGCAUUUAUAUUUAUAUGACAGCUUGAACUGACAAAAUUGUGUACAUAGAUCAUCUUGAAGUAUUAUUUCACAUUGAAAAGAAGACAAAUAUAUUGAUGACUAUAGAAGUUAAGAGCUUCUUUCUAGUUUUGUACUUUAAAAAAAAAAACCCUGAAUGGAAAAUAACCUAAGUCAGCAAUUAUGACACUUGUAGCAGCAGUCUUAACUAGUUUCUUUUUACAGUUUAUAUAUUUAAAGGCUGCUACCCCAGUUGAUUUUCAUGCUUCAUAUAUUCAGCUAAACUUGGUUGCCUAGACAGACUGUUAAUCCUCCUGCCAAAAGAGGGAAAUAACCUGCAUUUGUUGGUGACACGAGAACUGUAUCUUGUCAAUAACAGUUAUUAAAAUACUUUCUUAAUUCAAAAUAUCAACAACCCCAGAAAAUAACUUGCUGGCUGUACAGAAAAGUCCUGUAGAACUGUAUUAAGCGUGUAUCUGUGUAUGUGCCUCUCCCUCUCCCUCUCUUUGUAUGUGUGUCUGUGUGUUUGAACACAAUUAUGUAUGUACUUUAGGAAGAGACCAGUCUAACAGUUUCCUACAAGCACUAAUCAGCAUAUUGCUACUCCUGGUUACUGCAGUGUAUUUCCUGUGAAAUCUUAAUAUGCUUUAAUAUUUUACUUAGUACGAGCCGAGCAUUAAUAUUUUCAGUCUGUAUUUUAACCACUUAGCUGCUAAACAUUUACUAUUCUUUUCUCUUGAAGAAAUAUUAGUCCUGAUUUGUUAAAUCAAAACAAAAGGUAUAUAUGAUCACAUAAAUGGAAAACAAAUUGCAUUGGUUCAGUAUCUGUUUGCAUGAAUUGUGUGAUUUAAGCCAAGAUUGAUGGUUUGAGCUCUACUUUCAGGGGAACUUCUUAAAUAAGAGCCAGACUAGACAAUACCACAUCCCUGAGUCAGCCAAGAGGGACAUGGUGCCAUCUUAAAGCUUGGAUUUUAACUUUUCAAAACAUUGUGGAAGCUCAAUUGUGCUGGAGACUGUGGCAUGGGGGUGAGAGCCCUACCCACAUCAUUUUCAAAUAUAAAUCAAGCUCUAAAAUGGUGCCACGUCUCCAUGGCCCUAAGCCGUGUUUGGCCUUAAGCAUGGCCAAAUCACACAUCUGAUAAGAUACAUUUUAUUGGAUAAGGCUAUGGGUUCAGCCAGUAUUUGCUUACCAGUGAUUCUCCAAGCACUACUCAUGAGAUUCUUCCUUCAUAAAUAUUCCAGUGGUUGGGCCUAGGACUUUCUACAUAUAAAACGUGAGCUAUACCAUCAACCUGUUGUCUCUCUUACCCAGAACCAGACCACUGAAUCUUCACCUCACUCCACUGAUCCUUAUUCCUGGCAUUCUGGGCAGAGUUACGUGCUUAAUCUCAUUGAUAUUGGGGUUUUGUGUGUUUAAUUCUAAAUGGGAUUGUUGUCUCUGUGCACAUUUUAUCUUUUAUCCUCUCUUUUAAAAAGGAAGAAAAGGAAGUUCAUCAGGCCAAGAUUUACUCCUAGGCAUUUAAAUUUAGACGCCUUUCAAGGGGUAUGGUAACGGGAGGUAUGAAGAUAAAUAGAGGUUUGUUCGCUUCCAAGUCUGGUGAAUGCUACUAUGGGGGGGGGGGGUGCUUGAUGAUUUGAGGUAGAAAUACUAUAACACUUGGGUACCACCUACUGGACAAACAUGAUCUAGAAAUAAUUAUUUCUAUUAUGCAACUUAAGAAUUAAUUGCAUUCUAAACUCUAUGUUGGUCUAAUGUGUCACCAACAAUUUUCUUUCUGCUGUUAAGCUAAAAAUGUAGUUUCAAAACAGGAGUGGAAGGGAAAUCCUUUGACAUUUACAGGGUUUUUUGUCCAUAUUCCUUAGCAGUUGUGUUGUUGGAAGUACAAGACUAUAACAUGAGAGAUAUUUAGAAAGCUGCUGAAAUGUGAACUGUUCUGCCUAAAAUAAUUAGAAGAUUAAAAAAAUAGACCCUGCUGGGUCCUUCAGAUGUACUUUUCCUUUUUUAAAAAAAAUGGAAGAUGUGGCCACAUCUCAUACUUGAAGUUUAUCAGAUUUUUUUUUCCCCAAUGAAGUUCUCAAGCACAGUUUGGGAUAUUCUCCAUAGGUUUCACUCCUGUUCCUUCUACCAGACAAACUAAGCUAUUACAAAAUGCACAUAACAUGCUUUGCACACUGGAAUGUAACAUUCCUAUUUUUCUUCCUACAGUCUCUUCUAUGGGCAAUAUUUCCUUGUGUACAGGGGAGGAAAACUCCUAUGUAAAUAGAUUCCCAGGCGAAUAUAAAAAUCUCUAUAUGGAAUAUCCCAAUAGUGCAUAUGCUCUUGUGGGAGAAGAAUAAAGGAGAUGGUUCAGUAGUCCAACUAGUACUAUUAAGAUCAGCAGCCUAGUGGUUAAAACUUCCACAUGCUUUUUGGUGCACUGAUUAAGUAGCAGUCAAUGGCAUUUUUCUUCCCCUUUGUAAUAGUUGUGUUGGCUUUGAGAACUCAAAAACACAUAGUGGAAAAACUUUGUAUCAGGAGCUGCAGCAUAACCUGUACAUAGGGGUGGGGGCGGUUCUCCUGUUUGUGAACACUGCCUCUUUUUUUGCUUUGUGCCAUUUGCUUUCUGCCCUAUUGACCUCAAAAAGUGCCUCACUUGUAUAUUGUUUCCAUUAAAAUCUUAAAUGCUAUAUCUUUCUACUAAAUGACGUAGAUUUUAGUUUUAAUUCCAUGCCAUAGAUGUAUUUCUUUUAUGUAUAAGAAUAUAGCUGGUUACGUUGAGUACAUAAUGUAAAUAUGCAUAUGAGUUUAACUGUUACCAUAGCCUUGUAAGUUGACAUACUGGAUAAUAUCAUAAAACAGUUUUAAGUUUCAGUGUUUUCCUGCAAUUAUCUGAUUAAAACUAUCAUGAA